AUGCCCAGUUCCCAUUGUCAAUGUGGCAGAUUGAUGUUUGGCGAUAAAUCGCUUUGCCUGACAUUAAUAUUAUUAACAAAUUUGUUCACUAGCAGUGUAUUGACAAUGAACAGUCGCAGUGAGGCAAAUAAUCUUGAAACUGUUGAAAAUCAGUCUAAAACAGAUUUGGAUGAUAAAGACUUAUCUACAUUAAAAGAUCAGUUUGAUCGUGAGCGUCAUGAACUUUUAAGCCGAAAGGAAAUUCUUGUUCGCAAGCACGAAUUAGCUCGUCAAUGUUUUGAAUUGCAAUUGCAAGAAGAACAACUGGAAUUGGAUACAGCUAUAUCAAUUGCAACUGCCAAGACCUCUGUGAUAGAUCUUGAUGAAGAACCUCCUAAAGUCUCCUCUGUUGGUACCACUCCAAAGACUCCAUAUCACUUUCGUAGACCAACACCCCACUUGCAACUUGACGAUGUGACACCAGUUCAGCGCCUGGAAUACAAUGAAACUCCCCUUACUACUAGAAGCUAUGCAUCCUCAAAAUCAAGAAAUCUUUCACCUGAACAUAACAGCUCUUCAGA